ACACACACACAAACACACCUGACUUAUCGAGAAAAUGGGGUUGAUUAGGGAGGGGUCACUGUACUAGAUAAAAGCUAAAUUAGCAGGACUCUGAUCUUAUUGAAGGCAAGAAGUUAGUGACAGAACAUGAUGGCAGCCUGGACUGGAUGGAUACUGCUGAUGUGUGCGGUCCUCACUGGGCAAGGGUCAAAGGCUCAGGAUUGUGGGCUGGCACCUCUGAACACAAGGAUAGUGGGUGGUGUGAAUGCCACAGCUGGAGCAUGGCCCUGGCAGGUCAGCAUGCACAUUAAUUUUGCAGCGAUUCACGUCUGUGGAGGGACCCUCAUCAGUGACCAGUGGGUACUCACAGCAGCCCACUGCAUCAUAUUAAACUUUCCUAGUGUAUGGAUUCUCUACUUCGGAAGAGUGACUCAGUCUGGCCCCAAUGUUCAUGAGGUGAACCGCACCGUGUCCAAGAUCAUCAUACAUCCUGACUACAACAACGUGCCGUUCAACAACGACAUUGCCCUAAUGAAGCUCAGCAGCCCUGUCAAUUUCACUGACUACAUCAGACCUGUCUGCCUGGCAAGUAACUUCAGCCAGUUUCACAACUCCACCCCCUGCUGGGCCACUGGCUGGGGCACACUUGGAAAGGAUGAGCCCCUAGUAGCCUUUGACUCACUGCAGGAGGUUCAGAUUCCUGUCAUUGGAAAUAAGCAGUGCAGUUGUGACUACCUCCCAGAAGGACUAAACAUCACUGACAAAAUGAUUUGUGCAGGACAAGAGAACAAAGGAGUGUGCCAGGGGGAUGGCGGUGGACCUUUGCAAUGCAAACAAUCCUCAAUGUGGAUCCAGGCUGGCAUUAGCAAUUUUAUAAUACCUUGUGCUCUAGGUUUUCCUGAUGGUUAUACCCGAGUGUCUGACUUCCAGACUUGGAUCAUGGAUCAAGUGAUGGGCGCGAAUGUUCACUUUGUGACAUUCAGAUCCAGUGGCACUGAUCAGGACAACAGCUUUGUGUGUCGCAGCUCCGUCCCCGGAAAUGCAACCACAGCAGCUCCAAACGCGACUUCCACAGCAGCUCCAAACGCGACUUCCCCACCAUCAACUGUAGCAACUGAAGUUACAAUGGUUGUCAUCUUAGUGACACUGUUCCUGCAGCACAUUGUAGCUCCAUAGCACAGGUUUCAACUUACAACUUCUCAAUUUCUUCUUCUGUUGUUUUGGGAUAUCUUGUCUUUUAAAUCAUUU